GGGCCGUUCUCCCACUAAAACUCAUUAGUGCAUCACGUCUCAAAAAAGUGCACGCUAAUUUAAGUAUCUACUAAAUCUCUAUAAAAUUAUCUUUAAUCUGACCGUUGAACGAGGAAAUUGACCGUCGAAUGAUAUUUUUAAUGAUUUUUUUGAAAUGACGGAAUGGUGAAAACAUGGGUUAUACUACAUUUAACAUGCAAUUUAAAGGAAAAUGAAGCGUUUUUUACAUUUUGAGGUCAAGUAUAAUAAUUUUCGCCUGGUUAUGAAGUUUCAUACUAGCGACACCAGAUGCUGACAUAUGCAAGCGAACACGCGGACAGUCCUGAGGUCAUUAACAGUCAUUUGUUGGCUGCUGUGAGAAAGAGAGAAGCCGAGAAGAUAACAGGCGUUUCUAUACCUUCUGAAAUCUGAGCGGCAAAAUGAACAUACGUGAUCAGCUUGUUGUUCUUGUGCUGGUUUGCCUGCAGAUUCCAUCAGGCCUGGCGAUCUGGUGCUAUCAGUGCGUGAGCACCCACCCGGGCUGCGGCAAGGAGUUCUCGCCGCAGCUGUACUGGAGCGUCUCCUGCCCCACCCCGUGGGAUGUCUGUGUCAAGGUCACGGAGACCAAGGGCGCCGAGACUCUGAUCACGCGCGACUGUCUGAGCGCCCUCCAGUGGAACCGUCGCGACGUGCCCGCCGACCACUACGAGGGCUGCCGGCCGGCCGCCGAGGACCCGCGCCUCGGACUGUACACCUUCAACAGCCUGCAGGAGCUCGACACCAGAAGGAACUACUACGACAAAGUGGAGUACUGCUUCUGUCAGUACGACGAACAGUGUAACGGCGCGGUCGGCGUCUCCGUGUCGCUCGGGGUUCUGGUGACGCUGGCGCUGCUGGUUAACAUGCUGUAGCGCCGGACGUGCGCCCCCGAUACGUCCUCUGUGACCCAAUCGAUACAGGCGCCCUCGGACCGUCCUAAGCUCGAUUGAGACGCCGCCUGGCCGUCAACAUCGGUACUACAGCCGUCCCCGACUCGCAGUGAUGGUGCGGCCAAUGCGGCAUCCCCUCCCCCAGUGUGUGUGUGUGUGUGGUUGGGGGUUGGGGUGAGGGUAGGGUAUGCUCCUGGCGACCAGCCUGCCACACUGUAUGCCGCACAGUAGGUAGUCGUUUUCGGAGAUGUCUUCGAAAACUGUUUCCGUCCGUGGAGUGUGCUGUCUUACAGUGAAGUGUGAUGCUAAGGUAAUAUGCUGAUCUGAGCCGAUUUGACACAGACUGCCUUUGGGGAGGUCAUUCUGCUUCCGUCCCCCGGUAGUUGUAUUGUAUUUAGCGUUUGUACUUCGUAGUGCAUCCGGCAGCGUUGUGAAGGUCGCAUCGGGUGGCCCAUUUUAUAGCGCGACAUCGUAGGCUCAUAUUACCUUUCAGAAGCGACGUAGAAUCUCGAUAGCUGUAGCGUACAUUCCAGCGCCGUUUGCGCCACCAGAGUAUUUUUAGAAUAUCUUGUAAGGCUGUCCCCUAUUGUACAGGUCAGCUGUGGGAACCCAGUGAAGGUUUGGCCGGCCGGCGUGCGUCGGUGGGAUCACAUUGCUUCUGCCACUCCGUCCAUCAUCGAGAGUCUCAUUGUAAUUUGAUCGCUAUUUACGCAUCACUCAUAUGUACGUGAUCGUGUAUCAUGCAUUAGCACUCUGUAUAUGCUUGCUACAAAGCAUUUUGCCCGUAACGUUUCAUGCGCACAAUGCGUUGAAGUGACGAAAAAUAUCGAUUCCGCGGUAUCCGUGAACGACAUGUUCGUUCUGUGUUAUCGGCGUAUGUUAUGAUAGCGUUGAGUGGGUCGUGCUUCACGCUUACCAUUUGAAAAUAAAACCUUGUAUCGAA